AUGCGACUGGGCAUCGGCCAUCUGCUGAUAUGGUUUUCACUGACAAUUAUCAAAUGCAAUGGAUACGACGAGUGGCUAUAUGAUUUUGAUGCAAUCAUCCAUUGGGAGCCCCCAACAGCGGAAGAGAUCGAUCAGUUAAUGUCAUCUUUGCCUCCCAUGACUGCCAGUUCUCCAAAUUACCCCGAAUCACAUUGCAGCUUCACCAGAGAAGAAGCUUAUCCACAAACGCAUUUGGAUAUUCCAUUUCUCAUUUCUGCUGAAUCGCAUGGAGGAUUCUCAAGCCCGCCUGUCUUUAGCAGCCCGUUAAUUACCACGGGCGGAGGGAAUCCGCAAAGCAGCGGUUCAGUCAAUCAGUGGUUAACCGCAUCAUGCGAUCCAGGUAUGGUUCCCUCGGGAAGCCAGCUACCGUCUGUCCCACAAUCCCCACUUCUGCCGGCGGAAGGAUCCUUGGACUUGAACCAGAGCGUUUACGGUCCAAAUAGAAAGCGGAAAUUUCACGAUCCGUUAUUAAAUGCCUUGGACGAGGCGCGUCUGAAGCCCCUGCCGCGUUCUUGGAGGCCUCACCGUCUAGCCAGAUCAACACGAAAGGUUUUGACGGCUUCUCAAGCGUCAGCUGGAACUCCUUUCACAGACUCUCACGGAACUACAAGCCUUCAAGCCAGUACCUCAAGCAUCGGUGCUUCCACUACUUCAAGUAUCAUCAAGCCGCCAAAGAAACGUAUUAUUUGGGCCCCGGAAAUCCUGGAUCAUCCCGACGAUUCAAAUCGUCAACUGAUCACGUGGUUUGCAUUCUCGGGCACCAAGAAAUGUGUCGCCGAAUUUCCGUCAAUCAUUCUGACUACCCAGGAAUCCUUCGGCAGUCAAUGUGUUGACAUGGCUAGGAAUGCAUCUCAGGCAUUGAGAAGAUUGGUUUUUGAUGAGAAUGCUUUCACUAGUCAUACACCCAACAAACGGAGAUUUCGCUCGAAUAUUAUUGAGCUGAUUGGCAAAAUUCCAACUCGAUUGGAUCCUGUUAAAGGAACUAAACUGUUGGUCAUGACUCCAGAUCAAAUUGUCAGACAUCAUACUCAUGUGAAUUGGCAUGAGCCAGAUGAUGAGGAUUUUGGAGAAGGGGACAAUGAGAUAUUGAAAAAUGAAGAAAUUGAACUGGUGAAAACUGAGCAACUUCGAGACACAAUAAUCAAUUUCCUUGUUUUUGUCGAGAUGAUUGACUCCAUUGUUCCUGACAAAAGAAAAGAGAAGGAAGGAUUUUCCGGGAUGGAUGGAUUAGAAGAAGCUUUCCUGGUCUUAGAGAACCUGUUCAAUCCAGAAAAACAAGACAGCAAUAGAUCACGAGAGUAUCUCUUGAACAAGUUGGUCCUGAAAUCCAAAGCACAGAGCAAGACUCCAGCAAUGUGGAAAUUGGUUGGGGCUUGGUUGCAAACUUUCAGACAAGAUUUUGUGGCUAAGAUCUUAGGAGAUAGGUUGAGCAUGGAUACUGUCAAGUCUUUCUUCAACACUAUAUUCUACUGCUCCAUUGAAAAUCUCAGCACUCAAAUUGUGCGCAAUGAAUAG